AAACUAACCUAACCAACCAACCGCCUUCUCCCCUUCUCUCUCGCUCUCCCAUUCACUCUACUCUGCAACUCUCUCUCUCUCUCUCUCUCUGCGCAAGCAAUUGAGCUUGAAGGAGAACCCAAACCCUAAAAAUGGGCAAAUGCAUGAAAAAGUCCAAAAUAACGGCGGAAGUCUCGCUCGUGGAGGUGGUCUCCCCGCGCUCCUCAUCGGCCUUGAUGGGAGGCGUCCGCACCCGAGCCAAGAGCCUAGCCCUUCGCCGUCUCCUAGGCACCGCCCCGGACCCCAACUCAUCAUCCUCCUCCUCCUGCUACCUCGAGCUCCGAAGCCGCAGGCUCCACAAGCCCCCGCAACCCCCAAUUAGGCCCCGAAAUCAGCUGCCCCGCCCUAGACAGGGCUCCAGAGCGAGCUCCAACUUCCGCCGCUCGAGUCCCGAUGAUGCCCGAGACGGGAGCUCGCUGGUGAGCUCGAGACUCGCCGUCGACUCGGGCUCGGCAGCCUCGGUGUCGAUGAGCUGCGAAGAGAUGCAGAGCAGAUGCGAAGGGCAUUUCGGCAGAAUCGCAAGGGGCAGCUCCGAGGAUUCAGACAGAAGAGAGAACAAUUCGGAAUCCGAUGAACAGAACGAAAGGCAAGCAAGCUCAUCCACGAUGCUAGGUCUUGUUCAAGGCGGCAAUGAUGUUGUUCCAGGCAUCCCGACAGCAGAUGAGAUGGAGGAGUUCUUUGCCUUUGCGGAGCAAGAGCAGCGGAGGCUAUUCAUCGAAAAGUACAACUUUGAUGUUUUGACUGACAUGCCUCUCCCGGGACGCUACGAGUGGGUGCGCAUACGUCCAUGAGGGGCCCCUGCAGUGGGGCUCCAUCGGCAUAAGGCACGAUCGGCUUUCUUGGAUCUGAAGAAUGGUGGGGCAGGGAUGUAUAUAUCCAUUGGUAGGGUAGUGAAUCAGUGUAAAGAGCAUUUCCAUUUCGAGCCGCAGAAUUCGACAAUCUGUAGGAGUAGCCCUGUUAGGUCUGUAGCAAAACAGGACAGAUCCGAUCAGAACUUGCAAACUGACCUGAUGAAUAAACUAAUGUAUGUUUUCUAACUAAUUAAGAAGCAUUGCCUCACUAGUUUUAAUUGUUC